UGAGUGAAGGUAGUAGAGGGUGUGAGGUAGAAGCAGCGCCAUCUGAAGGUGGAGGCAGGCAGGGUAGCGGUGCAGGCGUGAGGGAACCUCCUUCAUAGUUUCUGGCUACUUCACUUCUCCGGGCAACCUUGUGUUUACACAUUUGUAACUCACACAGUGUUAGCAGGUUGUGUCACACCGGGAGACUAUAACUGCACGUGUUGGGAAGAUGUGCGAGUGUCAUGUGUUGAGUGUGUGGCGGGAGGCGAGAUGAAAAAAGCAUAAAUUUCUUCGUCUUAAUGUGUAACUGGAUGAAUAGUAUAUGACUGGGAGCUUAAUAAAUUACUGGGAACAUAAAACAUCACUAAGAGCCUAAAACAUUGGGGUUUUCUGAGGCGCUGAUGGUGGAGUGUGGAGAUCUGGCUCUCCCUCUGCCCUGGGCAUCAGUGUCAUUUCUUCAGUUUUCUGCCUCUGAAGGAGCUGAGCCAUGGGUAGAGGCGCCCUACACCAGCCCGUACUUCUAGGCUUGGGUAAAUCCUGUUGCUGGUGGUGACUCAGGUGAAGGGGGUGUUAAUGAAAGUAAUACUUUAUUUCCACAUGACAGGUGGCUGGUUCUACCGGGGAUUGGGCAAGGUGGUUCACCUGACCUAAUUGUUAACUUAUUGUUCAGGUUUCCCCUUUCGGAAGAAACUUUCCUUGAGAAUUACCUGCAAUAUUUUACCCCUGAUUCCUGGGUAACUGGGCUCGAUAAGGCACAAGCUUUGUUGGCUCUUGACAACCCUAACAACAACAUUGCUGGGUCCCUAAUAUAUCUCUUGGGUACCUAAUACAUCACUGGAUUAUUCUGUAACUAGUAAGUGACAAUGCCCAAGGGUAGCACAUGUAAGGCCCGGGGCUGCAUCUCCAACAAGACUGACAAUCCAGAGCUCAGCUUCCACUCCUUCCCCAAGGAUAAGGAGAGAUUUAGGAAAUGGUGUGAUUUGAUAAAAAGACCUGAUCUGAAUCAUAGUAAAGUUAUUACAAACCGGAUGUCUAUGAGAGUAUGCUCACUUCAUUUUGAAGACAACAUGUACAUGAGCUCCAGCAACAAAUCGAGACUUAUUUGGUGUGCUGUACCCAAACCAGUUGGAGAUGAUGAAGGUUCAUUAUCGGUAUCUUCAUCUUCAAAUGCAACAGUGUGUGUGGACAGCAAGGCUGCUCUGGAUACUAAAGUAAAUAUACUAGAAAAGCCAAAAGAUAUAGCAUCAGCCAUGCAGGAUAUUGAUUCAACUGUAUUGGCCCAGCCCCUUCCUUUAGCUAAAGGUAACAAGAAAUUUGAUUGGUCCUUGACACUCGAUGAGGAGGUGAUAAUUAAAGAAGAGAAUAUGAUGGAACACGAGAACCACUUGGACCUCUCUCCUCCACCCUCACCAGAAGCAGACUCUCCGUCAAGUUUUUAUGCUGAUACUAAGGAAGGCAUCAUCAAACAUGACAAUACAGACACUACAGAAGACUGUACAGACUACAGCCUUUUUCUGAGUCCUUCAGGUAAUGCUUCAUCUCAUGGUUCUGAUACUGAAGAAGAUGGCAACUCUAGACCUUUCAGUCAGAGAGGUAACAAAUGUAUGGACGAAGUGAAUGCAUCUCCAGUGCAUACUCACCUAAAUACCUCUGCCACUGGUAUUUCAGCAAAAAUUAAAUCUUCAGAUCCCAUGUCAGAUGCUUCAGCAUCUGUUUCAGUUACAUCAGCUGAUGGUUUUAUGCAGGCUUCUGAUGAAACUUCUAGUGUAUGCCAAACUUCUGAAAUAAUGCAAGUGCCUUCAAGGGUAGUUAGGGACUCUUUGCCAACAUUAAAAUUAUCAUCAAAUGAGGAUGCAGGUGUUGCUUCACUGUUGCUUCCUGAAGUGAAGGAGGAACCAGUCAGAUCUUCUGGAGCUUCACUAGAUGAGAUUCGCUCAGAAGAAGAAACUAAUAAAUUUUUUCAGUCGCUUGAAGAUGCACUACGACCUUACCAGCCAACCAAAGCAAUGUCUCCUCUUUCAGUUGAACCUUCAGAGACAAACAGCACCCCAUUGCCAUCAAGCACAGCGCAACUUUUCUCACCAGACACGGCUCCUCUAACUACCACUGAAGUUUCUCAGUGCAGUGACUUGCCAAUUGCUGCUACUCAGUCCAGUGAUUUGCCUUUUGUCAAUCCUCUACCCAGUGACUUACCAUGUAUGACUACUCAGUCUAAUGACUUACCAUAUGCAACUACUGAAUCUAUUGGCUUGCCAUAUGUAGCUACUCAGACCAUUGACUUGCCAUUUGCAACAGAGUCUGAACAAACAGGUACUUCAUUAUCAUCAAGUAUAUAUCAGUCUUGCCAGUUAAACACCUCGCCCUCAUCAUCACUAUACACUCAGACCGGUACAACCGUUAAUUCUUCCUUAAGUGUAGAGAAACCUACACUAACCUCUUCCCAGUCAUCUAUGGUAGAUGCAGCAUUCUCGCCAACAGACACGCAUCACGUGAAGAAGCUCUGUUUCAAAACAAGUAGGGAUGAAGGGCCAAUUGUGGUGGAUGAAGAUGACGUGUCAAUAGUAGAUGACAGAGAUGAUCCAGAAUGUGAAAAGAAUUGUCAGUGCAGUAAAUACGAAGAAAAAAUUGAUAAGACUUCAUUAGCAACGACCAAGCCUGCUUCCCAAGUUCAUCGCACAUACUCUGGACCUAUCAAGAGACAAGUUGUUAAAACUAAGGGUGGUGGCAAGAGAACCUUCAUGAUAUUAAACAAAGCAUCUCUCAAAGUCCUGCAAGCUAAGGGGCUAAUUCAGCCACUAAAGAAAUUCGCUGAAAGCCAGCCAUCUUCUGGUGAAACUCUACUGCCUUCGGUGCAGUCAGUGCAGAAUAAAUCAAAAAUUCAGUAUCAUUCGGUUGGCAGCAUGCCUGUGUCACUUUCUGAUGGUUCUCCUCCCUUAUUUGAAAAUGCAUCAGUCUCUCCCAGUAUUUCAGGUUCACCAGCUCGAGCGUCACAUGCCUCUGUGAACCAACAGUUAACCUUGUCAAAUAAAACAUCAUGCUCUUUGCCUCAACUUCCAGUUGUUGUAACAUGGUCUGCCACAAAUGGAACAGACACUCCUUCAUUUACUUUUACAAUUCAGCUUCCACCUGUCUCAAACCAGUCCUCUAAUACCCCUCAGACUCCCCUUCAGAUUGUUACUCCACCAGUGUUUAUUGGAGGUUCACAACCCACGUUUACUCAGUUUCCUAAUCAGGUAAACAGUUGUUUGCCAAAUGCAAACAAAGUAACGGGUACUAACCAAAAUUUUCAAGAUAAAAAUCAGUCUUCUGUCAGCAGAUUUUUGAAAGCUGAAAUGGAAACUGCUAAAAUGCAGCAAUCUUUUGCAGUUACACACUCAGUCAUGUCUUCCUGUCCCAGAUCUAAAAAUAGCUUAUAUACUAAUAUUGUUGCAAAUGAUUCUUGUAAGUAUUCAGUACAAUCUCCUAUUAUGAGCACUCAAUUUCCCUUGGUUGCUUCAGAGACCCCUGGUGAUCACAUUAUUGCAUCUCAUAAUGAAAUAGAUUUAUCUGUUAAUGAUUUGGAAGAUUCAAAUGAUUACUUAUCCUCUGGACCUUCAAGUCCACUAAGGAAUGCUGAGGAAGUGGUUACAAGUAAGAAGCCUGAGACAAAGUCGACUCCAAUUGGAUUUGCUUCUGGGCCUUGUAAAUUUAGAAAGGGUGGGCUGAAAAUGUACCGUUAUGUAAAUAUGCCAGAUGGUGGUAGUAAAGUAGGACCUAAAAGUACACAAAAUGUGCGAUGGGUUGCUCUUCCAACUGUGCCUGUUAACAGUGGCCAGCCAUUAACUUCGCGCACUUUAGAGCAAGUUAUUACUUCCUCAUUACAGCAAAAUACUCGACAAGAAAAUCAAGGAACAGGGAAGACUCGUUCAUCUGCUGAGCCCUUGUCUGAUUUAACUGCUGCUAUAUAUGAAGGGUUUCCUAUUGGAACUAUGGACCACAAAGGAGCAUCAACCAUGCACCCAUCACCCUAUAAAUCUGCUAAUAGAGAACUCAAGAUGAAAUAUGCUCGUUUACUUAAUAAGCACAGGCAAAGAUAUCAUUUGCUUUUGAAGAAAUAUAAAGCUUUAGAAAACAAAUUUGCUGUUGUUGAAGAUGCCGGUACUCCAGAGCAGGUUAUCAGAGAUGCUCGUAACUUCUUAUCAGAAGAGCAUGUCCUCUUUUUGGAAAGUCAGAUGUUUCUGCGGAACAGACCAGGAACAGGCAACAGAUUUUCAAAAAAAUUCAUGGGACUCAUGAUAGAAUAUUAUAAACGUAGUGCUGCAGGUUAUAGAUUUCUUAGAACAAUUUUUACUAUUCCAUCUGUUAAAACAGUUCAGAAGUGGCUUAGCAAACCUCUGCACAUUAGGGAGGAUGAAGAAAAUGAUCAGUUUGCAAUACCUAUGCAGAGAGAACAAGGAACAGCUAAUGGCGGAGAAAGUAAUGUUGAGGCUUCAUGUUCUGGGUUAAGAAAACCACAGAGUACAUCAAAUGAUGAACAUGUAUCAGGAGAAAGAAGGGACUAUUCACAAAAAUUUUCGCAAGGAAGAUCAACUCCUGAUGAAUCAGAUAUGGAAGAAGGUUCAUCUGAAGAUUACGACUCUGAAGAUUUUGGACUUGAAGAGAUGGAUGAAGAAGAAAUGAUACAGGAAAAUGAAACUACUAAAAAACGUAUACCAGUGCAAAGCAGUCAAGGUUCUAAUGAGAGAGAUAUAACAAUUCAGUGGGAAGACGAGCCAUGGCCCACAGUAGAUAUGGAAUGAUUUUUACUUUUGCAAUAUGAUACAGCUGUCAGUGUGACCUUAUUUUAUACUAAGUAUAAAGCCUUAUUGUAAAUAACCCCUUUGUCAAUAGCAUAUGGAAUUAUUGUACAGAUUAGAAAUUUUUUUAUUUUUGUAAUAUAUCUAAUAGUCAAACAUAACUCUUCAAAAGAGUUGCACUAAAUUAUGUACAGUAUAUUGAGUUAUCUUGCAUCUGAAGGCAUUUCACUACAUAAUGUGGUACAAUACAUGUACUUGCAAAUAAUAAUAUCUGUUUGCUCUACCAGAUAUUUUGAUUUAUAAUUUUUAUAUUAGAUACCUACUGGAUAACAAAGUAUGUAAAAAAGUUGUUGGAAUAAAUAAUUUUGUAAA